AUGGAUGACGAAAAAUCGUCAGUCCAUUUUCGCCAUUCCCACAGCGGACAAGAAGCUCUGGCGGAGGCCCGUGGCGACCCGGAAUUGACCCGAGGCCCAAGUCUCGAAGAAGCACAGUCAGGAUGGAGGGAAGAACGCCGCAGAUUGGAAGAGGGACGAGUCGCAGACCUCACUGAGAGCGCCCUCCCAGAUACCCUUGAAGAUGCAGAAGCAGAGUUGCAAAGAGAACAUAUUCGUGAAGCGACUUUCCGAAGAGAUUUAGAGCGCAAUGGACCUCUGACUGAGUUUGCCGUACCUCCUCCCGUCGAACGCGUGUCGUCCUGGCGGGGUGACUGGGCAGCUCUUGAGAGUGCUGAGUCUCGUGUUACGACGCCGCCCCCGACCGUUGAACGAGUUGCCGGAAUCGAGGCCAGAUUAUCGGAUUAUGCUACUCUCCUUUAUACAAUCUCAUAUCUUGUGUUUUUCUCAAUACUUGGAGCACUGGCUCGGAUUGGACUGCAGUGGUUGACUUCUUAUCCCGGAGCACCAUUAAUCACUGCAGUUACAUGGGCAAAUGUUGGAGGAUGCUUACUUAUGGGAUUCUUAGCUGAGGACCGAAAGCUGUUUCGUGAAGAAUGGGGACAGUGGAAACGAAAGCAUCCCGGACACGAAUCUAGCGCGCCAAAUGGCCAUAUUUCCAAUCCAUCUUCUCAUGCUCAUUUGCCGCAUCCUAUGAAACAACUCCGACGCCGGUAUUCGCGUUCCCAUACCCGCCAACAGCAUCCGCCUUCAGAGCGACAAUCUCGAGUCUCCGAACACAACGAUGUAGAUAGCCCGAAAGAGGAACCGGUGACGCCACCUAUGGAACCAGCCCAAUCCCUCAAAAUCCAUAAAUCUAUCAAAAAGACUAUACCCCUUUACAUUGGCCUCACAACUGGCUUCUGCGGCUCCCUCACUUCCUUCUCGAGCUUCAUGCUCGACGUCUUCCUCGCGCUAGCGAAUGACCUCCCCACGCCAGGGCACCCAGAAUCUCCCGUACCGCGCAAUGGUGGAUACAGCUUCAUGGCCGUUCUCGCCAUAAUAAUCUACACCCUCUCCCUCAGCAUCGGUGCGCUAAUUCUCGGCUCCCACCUCGCCAUUUUCAUGGACAAAUACACCCCCGUGAUCCCCUAUAUUUUCUCACGAAGAUAUGUCGACCCCUUUAUCUCCUUUCUAGCCAUGGGCUCCUGGCUCGGCGCUGUCUUCCUCGCCAUCUGGCCUCCUGAUCGCUCUCUGGGAGUCCGCGAGCAUUGGCGCGGCAGCGCCAUGUUUGCCGUCGUCUUCGCACCCCUAGGCUGUCUGUUUCGAUUCUAUGUCUCGUUAUUACUUAACAGCCGAAUUCCCAAGUUUCCCUUAGGGACAUUCACAGCGAAUAUCUUCGGCACUUUGGUGCUGGCUAUGUGCUAUGAUCUGCAGAGGUCGACAAAUGUGCUUGCUGUGCCUGUGUCCUCCUUUUCUCCCGCUUCCGCUGCCGUUGCGGCGGCUGCCGUUAGCGUAUCUCGUCUCACUGGAUGUCAGGUAUUGCAGGGCAUUAUGGAUGGGUUCUGUGGCUGUACGACAACGGUGAGUACGUGGGUGGCUGAGUUGGAUAGUCUUGACCAUGAGCAUGCGUACGUUUAUGGGUUGGUUACAACUGGUGUUGCGCUAGGCCUUUUGGUUGUGAUUAUUGGGUCGGUGCAGUGGACGGUUGGGUUUGGUCUUGCGGUCUGUUGA